AUGCAUCGACUUCGACAUUACUUUGUUCCUGGCACCAAGUCGGCUAGCAGUCAGGAUGAACUCUCUGCCGCCGUUAUCUCAGUAGUCGCCGACGCCGUCACCUUCCCUUAUUGCUUCAGUCUUUCGUUCCUACUCGCUGCCUCACCACUCCUCAGUUCCUCCCCUUGCUCCUUACCUCCACCCUUCUCUCCGCUCCUUACCUCCACCCUCCUCCCCAUACGCCUUACCUCUGUCGUUUCUGCUCGACCCCCCCCCAGUCGACCCUAUGCAGACGAGAAGGACCGAGACCACGCAGCCAAGCCACGGGACCACCAUCACGCGCCUGCCACGUCAGCUGCGGUUCCUGCUGCCACGUCAGUGGGAGGCACUGGAGGCGGGCCAUCAGCUGGUGCUGCUGUGGGUCCACCUGGAUUUUCGUUCCCUGCCUCCGCUGCCACGUCAUCUGCAUCUGCUGGGGUGCGGCCAUCGUCCCCCAACGUUCGCCCUCCUUCGCCGCUAACCCAGCAAACCUCUGAGCCGACCACAGCAGGAGCAAUGCAAGCAGCCGGCGGUGCAGAGCCGCUGCCACCGAGGUAUGCAUAUGCUGCCCUCCACAGCACAGGUGCUGUGGAGGGCACUCCCCUCUGCUGCGCUCUGCCUGUGGAAGCACUCCCCUCCACAGCACAGACCUCAUUCUGUCUCCACCCAGUCACCUCUGGCACCACUGCCGCCUGCAUCAGCUACAACGCCCCAGCAAUCCCACCAGCCGCACCAGUCCCAGCAGGCCCACCAAGCACAGCAGCGGCACCAGGAGGAGGUGCAGAAUGCUGGCAGCAAAGCGGGCGGCGGUGCAGAUAG